AUGGACAGUCUAAGUCAUCUUGUCCUCGACCAGGCACCCCCUCUAGACCCGGCCUGGCUCCAGCAUGAAGAACGAGCAAACCUCAAAGCGCCGAAGAAAGUCUACGCGUCUCCCCUCGACCGCCAACCCGUCUACGCGGAGGAAUGCAGGCGGUUGAAUGGGAGCAUGCUAGCGCCUGGUUCGGCAUACCACCACCUCUCCCGCAUCUCUACCCAAAACCUCACCGCCGCGUCCAGCAUAGACUCAACCACAAUCCCCAUCAUCCGAUUUUUUGACGCCGAGAAGGGAGACGAGGGCAUUGUGGUUGUCUACUUUCACGGAGGAGGCUUGUACGUCGGAGAAGCGGACAGCGAGGAGCUCUCGUGCAGACGGAUCGUGCACGAUGUGCCCGGGGCCGUUGUAUACUCCGUCGGAUACAGGUUGAUGCCUGCGUUCCCUGCUUCGACCUGCGUCGCGGACGCGGCUGACGCUUUCGCGCACGUCAGAAGGCUUCAUCCUACGCAGAAAAUCGUUCUUGUGGGGUCUUCCAGCGGUGGACAGCUUGCCACUGCGGUGUCGCAACUCGCGCCAAAGGGAAGUUUGAAAGGCGUGGUUCUCAGAUGUCCUGUGACUUCUGACGGCGGCAGUUCUCUCGACUUUGUUCCGUCUCGUCUGCGGUCUGCGUAUACAUCUGCCUCGCCAACGUUUGAGACCAGCUUGUUGGGAGUUUUCAGGAGGGCUGUGCCCAGGGAUGGACUGGAGAGGAUGCCGUUGGAGAUCGAGGCGGAUGAGCUGAGAGGGUUGGAGUUGCCGAGGACUUGGAUUCAGGUUUGUUCUAAUGACACGCUGUAUUCUGAUGGAGUUUGCUAUGCUAUGGCGUUGAAGGAGGCUGGGGUCGAGGUGCGGGUUGAAGUCGUCAAGGGUUGGCCGCAUACUUUUUGGUUGAAAGCUCCUGGGUUGGAGCGGGCGGAGGCAGCUGAGAGAGAGAUGAUAGAGGGGUUGCGGUGGGUUUUGGAGGGGUAA